AAUAAAAUUAAUGGGGUUUCUUGCAAAAAGGGCUUCCAACAGUGCGAAUUUCUUGGAAAGAAUAAUUAUUGCAUGUAUCUGUGCAAAUUUGAUUUUGACAACUGCUGCUCAACUUCUGUCUGAAGAUGAAGUUCGAAUUCUCGAAACGAUUUCGUCGAAGCUGCAGAAUAGUUACUGGAAUCUAAGCCGAAGCUCAUGCACCGAACCUAGUGGAUUCAACACUACGUGGGCCCGACAAAUAUACAGCGGCGUCGCUUGCGAUUGUUCCUUUAAUAACAACACUCUAUGCCAUGUAACCAACAUUGAGCUCAAGGGUCUAAAUUUGACCGGAACAUUGCCGGUCGAAUUCGCAAAUCUUACUCAUUUGCAACAGAUAGAUUUGUCUCGAAAUUACCUCAACGGAACAAUUCCUGCAAUAUACGGCCAGCUUCGACUUGUCCAACUGUCUCUUAUUGGAAACCGUAUUAGUGGUACAAUCCCAGCUGAAAUCGGAAACAUUGCCACUCUAGAAGAUCUGGUUUUGGAAGAUAAUCUGCUCGAAGGGAAUCUUCCGGCAAACCUAGGAAGUUUGAGCAACUUGAAGAGACUCCUACUUUCCGCGAAUAAUUUCAACGGGACGAUACCAGUCUCGUAUGGCAAUCUAAGGAACUUGACAGAUUUUAGGAUCGACGGGAGCGCAAUGUCUGGAAAAAUACCGGACUUUAUAGGAAACUGGACCAGACUUGUAAGACUUGACUUGCAAGGCACGGAAAUGGAAGGCCCGAUUCCCGAUUCAAUAUCCCAGUUGACAAACUUGACAAGUUUGUAAGUCAAAUUUUUCUCUUACAGCAAAAACAAAUAGUCAAAUAUUGUGCAAGUGAUAUUAAGAAAUUGCUCGAUUAUUGGUUCGAUUCCACCUUACUUAGUAAACAUGGUUAAUCUAGGAGUUCUAGACUUAAGUUUCAACAAGUUGAGCGGAAUUAUCCCGAGCACACUCCAGGGUCUGACGAGGCUCAGAUUCAUGUUUUUGUCUCACAACUCACUAACCGGAGAAGUUCCUGGUUGGAUUUUGGACAGCCGACAGAAUAUGGAUCUAUCGUACAACAACUUCACACAGUCCCGCGCAGCUGGCUGCCAGUUCUCCAAUGUAAAUUUAGUCGCCAGCCAUUCGACUUCUUCAAGCAACUCACGAGACUCGUGGUGUUUGUAUCCAGACCUCCGUUGCCCAAGAAACGCAAACCUUCACACACUGUACAUAAACUGCGGAGGAAGAAGAGUUAACUUCCAAGGAAACGAAUACGAAGAGAAUCUAAUCGGUCAAGGCUCAUCUCACUUCGGAUCGAACGAUAGAUGGGCUUUCAGCAGCACAGGCAUGUACAUGGGAAAGUCCGACGGAAUCUUCGUAACAUCAAAUGAUUCUUCAAUGGUAUCUUCCGACAGCGAAAUUUACCAAACCGCCCGUCUUUCGCCUUCUUCUCUCAAAUUCUACGGACUUUGCUUACGUCAGGGUAGUUACAAAGUUCGUCUCCAUUUUGCCGAAAUUAUGUUUUUCGAUAACUCCACUUUUCCCGGACUUGGUCGGAGAAUAUUCGAUGUAGCAAUCCAAGGGCGAGUGGUUUUGCCGAACUUUGAUAUUGCAAAGGAAGCUAAUGGUUUUAAAAGAGGUAUUACUCGGGAAUUUGACGUGCCCGUAAAUGGUAGUACCUUGGAAAUCCACUUGUACUGGAGUGGAAAAGGUACAACUGCCAUUCCCGAUAGAGGUGUAUACGGACCCUUGAUUUCUGCAAUUUCUAUCACACCAAAUUUUAAGGUUAGUACUGGAAGUGGGCUAUCUGUUGGAGCUAUUGUUGGAAUUGUCGUUUCUUCGGUCGUGGUUUUGUUGCUGUUCGUUUUAGCUGGUCUUUGGUUCGGAGGGUGUAUUUGUAAAAAAGAUCUUGAAGAUAAAGAACUUCGAGCACUUGAUCUACAAACGGGCUAUUUUACUCUAAGACAGAUAAAAGCUGCUACAAAUAAUUUCGACAUUGCUAAUAAAAUUGGCGAAGGAGGUUUCGGACCCGUCUACAAGGGUGUUCUCACAGAUGGUACAGUAAUCGCAGUUAAGCAGCUAUCGUCUAAGUCGAAACAAGGAAAUCGAGAAUUUGUGACUGAGAUAGGCAUGAUAUCCGCCUUGCAACAUCACAACCUCGUUCGACUAUUCGGCUGUUGUAUUGAAGGAAAUCAGUUGCUCUUAAUUUACGAGUACCUCGUGAACAAUUCUCUCGCUCGAGCACUUUUCGGUCGCGAUGACCAAAGAUUGAACCUUGAUUGGCCGACGAGAAACAAGAUAUGUAUAGGAAUAGCUAAAGGGCUUGCUUAUCUGCACGAGGAAUCGAGGCUGAAGAUUGUGCAUAGAGAUAUAAAAGCUACAAACGUUCUUUUGGAUAAAGAUUUGAAUGCGAAGAUAUCCGACUUUGGUUUGGCUAAGCUUGACGAAGAAGAGAAUACGCAUAUUAGCACACGAAUUGCUGGAACUAUAGGUUAUAUGGCUCCGGAGUAUGCUAUGAGGGGAUAUUUGACGGACAAAGCAGAUGUGUACAGUUUCGGGAUUGUUGCAUUGGAAAUCGUCAGUGGAAAAAGUAACACUAAUUAUAGGCCGAAAGAGGAGUUUGUUUACCUUCUUGAUUGGGCUUACGUUCUACACGAGCAAGGGAAUCUUCUAGAACUCGUCGAUCCAAUUCUAGGCACAAACUACUCAAAGAAAGAGGCGUUGCGAAUGCUAAACUUGGCUCUCUUGUGUGCUAAUCCCUCGCCAACUCUAAGACCUUCAAUGUCUUCGGUGGUGAGCAUGCUCGAGGGCAAAAUCCCCGUUCAAGCGCCAGUUGUCAAGCAUGGGAACACCGCUAACGAGGAGAUGAGGUUUAAGGCGUUUGAAAUAUUGUCGCAGGAUAGCCAAACGCGUGCGUCGACUAUCAUGUCGUCCGAGGAGGAUAGUAGUCGGGAACAAAGAGGUGUCUCUUUGGAUGGGCCGUGGGUCGAUUCUUCGGUAUCUAUUGACGAGAGUCGUGAUCAUUCUUCAACAAGUAGGCUUAUUCCUUGAUUUUUUAGAGUUUUUUGUAAAUUUGAAUUUGAUUUGAUUUGAUUUAGUUAUUGGUUUGUUAUUGAUGCAUACUUGUGAAGAUGUUGAUAUGAUUGGUGUAUGUAUAGAUUCUGGUGAAUUAUUAUUUUAUUUUUACCUUCAAGUGUUGAUGUUAUGGGAGACAAAUAGAGAGCUUAGAUUGUACUAAUAUGUAAUAUGAGAAAGGUAAUGAAGAUUUAUUUUUUUAUUUA